CUUGGUGCCCAGCUGCUCACCUCGGCGCUGCGGGCUGCCUCCCAUGAAACUCCUGUCGCUGCUAGUGGGUGUUUCCACUUUGCUGGAUUUUACCUAUACACAAAAUUGCAUCAAAACACCUUGUGCCCCCAAUGCAAAAUGUGAACUACAGAAUGGAGUGGAAGCCUGCUACUGCAAAGUGGGAUUUUCAGGAAAUGGUGUCACAAUUUGUAAAGAUGAUAAUGAGUGUGAAAAUUCAACCUACCCCUGUGGUGAAAAUGCUAACUGCACUAACACAGAGGGGAGCUACUACUGCAUGUGUGCACCUGGGUAUAAGUCCAGCAACAAUCAAGACAGGUUUACAACUAAUGAUGGCACAAUCUGCAUUGAUAUGGAUGAAUGCAGUGAAUCAGUCACCUGUGGAGAUCACGCAGUGUGUGAACACGUAGAUGGGGGGUACAACUGCUCCUGUGAAGAAGGUUAUCAGACGCCAACAGGAAAUCUACAAUUCAAACCUAACAGUGGCAUUUACUGCCAAGAAAACGUGAAUUCAAGCUGCCAUUUGGAUAAUGGUUGUAUUGCUGCUAAUAUUAAUAAAACCUUAACAAAAAUUAAACCCAUAAGAGAGCCUGUGGCUUUGCUACAAGAAGUUUAUAGAAACUCUGUAACAAAUCUUUCGCCAGUGGAUAUCAUUACAUAUAUAGAAAUAUUAGCUGAAUCAUCUACGUUUCUAGGUUACAUAAAAAGCACUAAUUCAUCCAAGGACGCUCUUUCUAAUUCAACCCUUACUGAAUUUGUAAAGACUAUGAAUAAUUUUGUUCAAAAGGAUACAUUUAUAGUUUGGAAUGAAUUAUCUCCAAAUAGUAGAAGAAUUCAUCUUACUAAACUGAUGCACACCGCUGAACAAGUAACUUUAAGCAUUUGCCAGAAUUUCAAAAAAAUCACUCAAUUCGAUACUAACUCAAGCGACGUAGCUCUUGAAGUUUUCUUUUUUGAAUCAUAUCAAAUGGAACAUCUCCAUCCCCGAAUGAACAUGAAUGGAGAUUACAUAAAGAUAUUCCCAAAGAGGAAAACAGCAUACGAGUCAGGUGGCAAUGCUACAGUGGCAUUUUUAUAUUAUAAAAGUAUCGGACCCUUGCUGUCAUCAUCUGACAACUUAUUGGAGCCUCAAAAUUAUGAUAACUCUGAAGAUGGAGAAAGAGUCAUCUCUUCAGUAAUUUCUGUGUCAAUGAGCUCAAAUCCACCCACAUUUUAUGAACUUGAAAGCAUUGCAUUUACAUUAAGUCACACAAGGACCUCAGAUAACCACAAGAGUCUGUGUGCAUUUUGGAAGUACUCAUCUCACACAAUGAAUGGCAGCUGGUCUUCAGAGGGCUGUGAGCUGACGUCCUCCAAUGAGACCCACACCUCCUGCCGAUGUAAUCACCUGACACAUUUUGCAAUUUUGAUGUCUUCUGGUCCUUCCAUUGGUAUUAAAGAUUAUAAUAUUCUUACAAGGAUCACUCAGCUAGGAAUAAUUAUUUCACUGAUUUGCCUUGCCAUGUGCAUUUUCACCUUCUGGUUCUUCAGCGAAAUUCAAAGCACCAGGACAACAAUUCAUAAAAAUCUGUGUUGUAGCCUAUUCCUUGCUGAACUUGUCUUUCUUGUUGGGAUCAAUACAAAUACCAAUAAGCUCUUCUGUUCCAUCAUUGCUGGGCUGCUACAUUACUUCUUUUUGGCUGCCUUUGCCUGGAUGUGCAUUGAGGGCAUACACCUCUAUCUCAUUGUCGUGGGAGUCAUCUACAACAAAGGAUUUUUGCACAAGAAUUUUUAUAUCUUUGGCUACCUAAGUCCAGCUGUGGUCGUUGGAUUCUCAGCAGCCUUAGGAUAUAGAUACUAUGGCACCACAAAAGUAUGUUGGCUUAGCACAGAAAACAACUUUAUUUGGAGCUUCAUAGGACCGGCAUGUCUGAUCAUUCUUGUUAAUCUUUUGGCUUUUGGAUUUAUCAUAUACAAAGUUUUUCGUCACACUGCAGGGUUGAAACCAGAAGUUAGCUGCUAUGAGAAUAUAAGGUCUUGUGCAAGAGGCGCCUUAGCUCUCCUCUUCCUUCUUGGUACCACCUGGAUCUUUGGGGUUCUUCAUGUUGUCCAUGCGUCAGUGGUGACAGCCUACCUCUUCACAGUCAGCAAUGCUUUCCAAGGAAUGUUUAUUUUCUUAUUCUUGUGUGUUCUAUCAAGAAAGAUCCAAGAAGAAUAUUACAGAUUGUUCAAAAAUGUCCCUUGUUGUUUUGGAUGCUUAAGAUAAGCAUGGAGAAAUAUGCAUAAUUAUAGCUACAUAGAAAUAGAAGACCCAAGCUGAGGCUAAUUAUCAAAUAAAGAUUCAAUCAACAUGUCACAUUAUUAAUUAUUGGGUAACUCGAUAUUUUAAAUUAGUUUCCCUGUCGAUAGUGUCGGAACUUAAAUCAUAAGAGUCUAAAUUACAUGCCAUAUAGCUACAGUAUGUUUUCCUACAUGGCAUAGUUAGUUAUGUCAAGAACAGAACGAAAGAUAUUUGGAAAGUAAUUGGUUUCUCAGGAGUGAUAUCACUGCGCCCAAGGAAAGAUUUUAUUUCUAACACAAGAAAUAUAUGAAUGUCCUGAAGGAAACUACUGACUUGAUAUUUUUGUGACUCAUGUUGCCUUUGAAACUAGUCCCCUACCACCUUGGUAAUGAGUUCCGUUACAGAAAGUGGAACAUAAGAGAAUGAAGGGACAGAAUAUAAAAUAGUGGGAAAGGCAUGACUGUUAUAACAGUGAGACGUAUUUCGAAUAAACCUGAUUUAUGAAGUGUGUCCCCACCCCAUGCCCCCCGCAGUAAACUACAAGAGUAAUUGUGGAGACAAAAUAAAGAACCAAAUAAAAACAUUUUAACAUUUUGUGAGGUGAAAAGUUAAAUUUCUCUAAAACAAUUUAGACCUUUAUUUUCUUUGUUAAUAUUCUAAAAGAAUGAAGUUUCCAUGAAGGAGAAAGCAAGCAUUCUGGUUUAAAGCUAACAUAAGAAUAAAGUAGAUAUGGUUUCUAUCAUGAAAUGUACGACAAAUGCUUAAUCAGUAAAACAAAAAUGUGUCAGGGUAUAAUAUUAUUCACACUUCUAAAUGUAAAAAUAAUGUACAUAAACAGACAUCAUCUGUGCUACAACCUUUCAGUAUAGUGAAAAUGAUCUUAGCUUAUUAGGCUAGGAUAUUUGAAUUCUUCUAUUUUUUAAUUUAAAAAAUACUAUAGUUCUCAUGCAAUAUUCUCUAUUCACUUACGAUUUUAAAGGUCAUUGUUUAUAUGAAGGUACUCAUAAAGUGGAUUGCUAUUUGUUUCCUGUUCAGAAAAAUAUACUUUAAUAAAUGUUAUGUAUAACAAAGAAAUCAGUGAUAACAGAUGAUUUUUUUUUCACGUCGGAUUUAUUUUCUGACAGUUUUCUAUUAUCAAAGCAUAUCUGCUGAUAGGUAUAACUUCUGUCGAUCCCUAAGAUAUUCUGCUUAAAAAAGUAUAUAAGCAGUGGUUUUAUUUCAAAAAUAUGCAAUUGUGCUACACAUUCUGUUAAAAUAUGCCAUUACACUAACUGUUAUGAUUUAAAAUUAAUCUCCAGUGGUUUAAAUGAAAUCUGUCAAAUUUUGUUCU